AUGCUGCGCUUCCUCUGGGAGAGCAUCUCCUUCCAGAUGCUCCUCAUCUUCCUCGUUGUCUUCCUGCUCAUCGCCGAUUAUAUGAAGAAAAGAAAGCCAAAGAACUUCCCUCCUAGCCCCAUCUCUCUUCCCCUCCUGGGGCAUGCCUACUUGCUGAUCUUCAGAAAUCCUCAAACUGUAACUGAGAAGCUUCCUGAAAGAUAUGGGGACAUCUUCAGCAUGCAUGUGGGCAGCAUAUGGUGUGUGUUUGUAAAUGGGCUGCAGAUGGUAAAGGAAGUUCUUGUAAACCAAGGGGAAAACUUCUUGGAACGCCCUGACAUUCCUAUCAACAGGGAUGCCUUUGGCAACAAGGGACUGAUCUCCUCCAGUGGGCACCUGUGGAAGCAGCAGAGGAGGUUCACCUUGACCACCCUCCGAAACUUUGGCUUGGGGAAGAGGGGCCUGGAGGAGCGCAUCCAGGAGGAGUGCCAAUUUCUCGUGGAUGAGUUUAGGAAUGAACAGGGGACUCCUUUCAAUCCACACUUUAAAAUCAAUAACGCCGUUUCAAACAUCAUCUGCUCCAUCAUCUUUGGCAAUCGGUUUGACUACAAUGAUGAGGAAUUCCAAAAAUUGUUGCAGCUGCAGGAUGAGAUGGACAGACUCAAU